GCAGGACCGAGCCGCCGCUGAGGCUGCACCAUCCACCCCGACAGCCCGCUCGCAACAUGGACCAAGAAACCCUGGGAAGCAUUGUCCUGCUCGCCAUCGUCACCUUGAUAAGUGUUGUCCAGAACGCUUUCUUUGCUAGCAAAUUGGAGCACGAAAGCAAACAUUGCAACGGCAAGGGGUUCCAGCGGCCGGGAUCCUCCGCCUUCGACCGUGUCUACACUGCCAACCAGAACUGCGGACACGCGUACCCUACAUUUCUCGCUGUGCUUUGGUGCGCUGGCCUUCUCUGCAGCCAAGCUCCUGCCGCCUUUGCCGGCCUGAUGUACUUGUUUGUGAGGCAGAAGUACUUUGUGGGCUACCUCGGGGAAAGGACUCAGAGCACUCCCGGUUACUUGUUUGGAAAGCGCAUCAUCUUGUUCCUGUUCCUCAUGUCCGUGGCUGGAAUACUCAACUACUAUCUCAUCUUCUUUUUCGGAAGUGACUUUGAAAUGUACAUAAAAACGAUAACCAGCGCGAUCUCUCCGUUACUGCUCAUACCCUAGCUCCUCGCAGCACGGAGGGGGUCAGGGUGCUUAAUAUAUCGAUACCCAGAAGCAGCCGUAAUUCAACUGUUUAAGAAAUGAACCCGUAACCCUUUUAGAUUGCUGUAAAUCUCAUGCUUGAUGGGCUGUGUAGUUUGAUUUAACCUUGCUUUUUCCUUCAGGAAAAAGAUUUAUUGUGAGCACUCGGCACGCCCAAGGAAUGGUAACAACUUCCAGUUAAUUCUUUAGAGGUUUUUUCCCUAAACUGCAGCUUGCAAGCUGUUUGCAUGUCUGGAAGGGACAUUGUAUGCUU